AUGUAUCCACGCACCAUUGGAAUGUAUACAGGAUUUGAUAGAAUGAACACUGUGUUUAUGACGAAGGCUCAGCGUCACAAGAAGAUGAUCAAGCCCUUAUUGGUCGUUGCUCUUUGCGCGAUACUGGCUCUAUUCUUAGGUCUUCAACGUGAUCGUCUCUUUCCCUCCUCGUCCUUACAAUCAUCAUCCUCAAAUUCGAGUCCUUCUACGAGCUCCAAGCUCGCCCAUGUCCUCUCCCAAAACAGCAUACAAGCAAUACAUAACAAUACCCUUGGCUUCGGCGACGUCUACUUUAUACACAUGCCCGACCGAACCGACAAACUCGAUUCCCUUCGCCUUCUCACCUCUAUCACCAACAUCUCAUACACUAUAAUCCCAGGUGUAGACGGCAAAGGAAUUCCCCACGUCGCUUGGCCAGGCUUUUAUAAAGAAGGAGAGAGAGCCACAAGCAUAACCGGCUGCUGGCGCGCUCAUAUAAAUGCUGCUGCCUCGAUCCUCGACAACAAUCUCUCGUCCGCCUUGAUUCUCGAAGACGACGCCGAUUGGGACGUCUCUUUGAAAAACCAACUUACUCAAUUCGCCCUCGGGACCCGACAUAUCCUCGACGCGCCCACCUCCUCGGAGCCUUUGUCCCCUUAUGGCGAUGGUUGGGAUAUGCUUUGGCUCGGCCACUGCGCGCAAAACAAGCCCACAAAACCCUUUUCGCGCUUCAUCAUCGCCAACGACACCACCGUACGUCCGGCCGGUCACCGCUGGCAUCUGUGGAACCCUGAACCAACUCUAACCUACGACCUCCCCCACAACCGCACCACCCGCGUGGUGUACCGCUCCGCCGGCGGCAUGUGUUCCUACGCUUACGCGCUCUCUUACACCGGCGCCCAAAAGCUGCUCUACUACCUCUCCUACUCCCACUUCAACGAUCCCGUCGACGUCGGCCACUCCAGACUCUGCAAGCGCGGGAGCAAGGGUGAAAUUGAUUUUUCGUGCGUGGUCCCUUACCCAGGACUGGUAUACACCGCCUCCGUGCAGAACGACAUCGAGUACCAUCCGGACAAGCCGAGAAAAGACAGGGUCAAGAAAAAAGGAGCGCCCGGGGCGCGGAACCUGGUUUUUGGUGUGAGGGCGAAUAUGAAGAAUAUAAUUGAGGGAAAGGAGGCCGAGGGGCGGGGGGGUGAGGAGGAGAAGAUAAGGGAGGAGAUGGGUGAGAUGGGGAUGUGGUUCGACGAGGGGAAGACCGAAUUGUGA